GAAACGUAAAAUGGCUGACAUUAUUCUCAAUUGUCUUGUCAUUCCUACUGGUUCAUUUAUUGGUAUUCCACGCAACAUUGCUAAUUUUGAAAUUUCAAUUUCUCGAGGUGCUGGAGUUCCCACUCUUAAAAAACAAAUCCUGGAUUGGUUACCAUAA